AUACUACCAGAGAAUGCCAACGAAUAGUGUGCGUGGCUUUCGUGAAAUGGACACAUUGAUCAUUUGGAACGCCACUUUCGCAGCACGGUCGUUGAAGGGCGCAGUUGCAGCUGAACGGUGAUCGAUACGGUGCACUUGAUGGAUGUGCGGGAUAACCUCUACCAACGUGUGCCUUUACGAGCAGAGGAAUGCGACUCCAAAACGUCCCUAGCUGAAGACUAUAAAACGUAUGUGGAGUACUACACUGCAGAUCGUCUGCCAAAGAUUCGAUGUCACUGCGGAAGGGUAAAAUGUCUGGCAGCUCUGAUAACUGGAGUAUUGGUGAUUGUCCUGAUUUUUUCAAGUUAUAGAGGUCAUACUGGGCAAGCGAUGGAAGUGCAAACUCCAAUGAAAAGCCUUGGUGGCGAGUUGCAUUGCGACGAAGAAAUCAUAAGACCAUCAUUGACGAUCCCAACAAAUGUUAAUCAAGUCCGUCCGGCCGAUAUCAAAGUUGUCGCUGCGAUGGGUGACUCUAUAACGGCGGCCACAUAUUCGAAGAACUUUGAGGAAGAACAUAGAAAGACUGUUUAUCCAGGAAACUCCUACAUCAGUGGAGGCGACGGGACUUUGCAAGAUCAAAUCACUGUUGGAAAGAUUCUACGAGAACUCAACCAUGGGAUCAUGGGACUGUCACAGGGAGAAGGCUAUAAAAACACUGGAUUCAAUGUCGCUAUUAGUGGGAGGACCAGUGAAGACCUGCCAAGGCAGGCAAGCGAACUCGUCAGCAGAAUGAGACAACAAGGGGUCAAUUUGGCUGGGGAUUGGAAGCUUGUGACAAUAUUUAUCGGAACGAAUGAUUUGCAAAAAUUCGGCUGUACAGGGAGAACAUCGGAACCAAUCAGCCGAGAAGACUACAAAGCUUAUCUGGUGAAAGCAAUCUCGUUUUUAAGAGAAAACCUAAAUCGCACCAUUGUUUCCAUAAUUCCAAUGUGGAACUCGCAGUUGGCAAUUGAGGCGCACUCAUUGAUCCUUGAUGAAAAACGACUUCAAUGCGGCGAUCAUUACAUGGAAAAACGCGACAUUCUCUGCGGUGAAUAUAGAAAGGCGGCUUAUGAAAUACAAGACAGUAGAAUGUUCGACCGCGAAGACUUCACUGUGGUUGUUCAAGGUUUCAUGGAUGAAAUUACGGACGCGUUUCGAAACAGUAGUGGAGUUUACGACAAAACGUUUUAUGCUGUGGACAUGUUCCAUAUGAGCAAGUACGGCAAUGCAGUCCUUGGAAAGUUUUUGUGGAAUGCCCUGCUCGAACCCGUAGGAAACAAAACUGCAAGGCCAAAUCUGGGAGAUGAUUCGGUACCGCUGAAAUGUCCCACAAAGGAUCGACCAUACAUACAAACUUUGAACAACAGAUAAUCUGUGGUGACCUUAGAUUCUAAUUAGGUUUGCCGAUUGUGCAGAACUGCGAAAUGCAAAGUUGCUCUUACUUCUAUUUCAUUUACUUUAUCAGCAUAGAAGUUGUUUGUUGACUAUCUCUUCUUGACUGAAAAGCAACAUUGUUUGUGCUUGAACUGAAUCGUUUAAUAAUGUAAAUAGUUUUGAUAAAGG